UGGGCAAUUGAUACUGUGGGUCAAACCGUCCGAAUAACCCAACGGCAACACUAAUGCAAAAUAGCGAAACGACAAUCCCCUGAUUUAUCCUUAUCCCAAAAGCUUUCAAGAUGACCAUCCCACCUUCGGCAAGAUCCAACUCUAAUAUCGCACUACAAAAGUCGGCGUUUUUUUCGCUGUGAUGUCUUAAGCAAAAAAUAAACCCAAUCUCCCUUAACUCUUUCUGCAUUGGGAUCUGAGUCUUAAACCCAUCAAUUCGAUGUCUUCAACUAGCAACUCAAACAAUUCACACAAUCUUGCCCUUGAAUCUAAACAAGAUCGACCCAACACCGUUCGGAUCCCCGACCGGGUCGACCUCCGGGGGAGCCCCAGGAGUCGUCAAGGGUCCCCCAGUCAUUCACCCCGACUCGGCCCCAGCCGGUUCUUGAACGGUGAAAAGAGCGGGGCGUCAUUUGUCGGAGCUGAAUUGUUGGGAAAAUUAUGGGCUGAUCGAAAGAAGCAACCGAAGAACGCGAAGAGAAAAGGAGGCAAAGUUUGGUACCAAAAGGAAAGGGUGAAAGGACUUGUAGUGUUGACUGCAUUGGUGGGUUUGUUUUUCUUGGUCGAUUGGAUUAUGCUCUUGCGGUUACAAGAUCACCGGGUCGGAUCCGAUGACCGAUCUUCCAGGAACGCUUCUUCUGUUUCGGCUCAGGUGAAGGUGACAAAGCCUAGUAAAGGGAAAAAGCAUUACGGUGGUAUUUAUGGAAGGUUGUUGGCUUUGGCUGCUCAUGCUUUGGCUGAGGGGCAAAAUAAACGUGAACCGAAAGAUUUAUGGCAGGAACCUGUAGUUCCUGCUUCUGCUUGGAGACCCUGUGCUGAUCAACGUGACUGGGAACCUAAUGAGGGGAAGAAUGGAUACAUUAUGGUCACUGCAAAUGGUGGAAUCAACCAGCAGCGUGUAGCUGUCUGCAAUGCUGUAGUACUUGCUCGCUUACUUAAUGCAACUCUUGUUGUUCCCAAAUUUAUGUACAGUAGUGUCUGGAAAGAUGUAAGUCAAUUUGGUGAUAUCUAUCAGGAGGAGCAUUUUAUUAAGUACCUGGCUCCAGAUAUUCGAAUAGUGAAAGAACUUCCUGAGGAGCUAAAGUCUCUAGAUUUGGAGGCAAUUGGUAGUGUUGUGACGGACGUAGAUGUUAGGAAGGAAUCUAAACCAAGUUUUUAUCUGAAAAAUAUUCUCCCUAUCCUACUCCAGAAAAGAGUUGUCCAUUUCGUUGGCUUUGGGAACCGUUUGGCUUUUGACCCGAUACCAUUUAAGUUCCAGAGACUUCGAUGCAGAUGUAAUUUUCAUGCACUUAAAUUUGUUCCGAAGAUACAAGAAACUGCUGCUUUACUCCUUGAAAGAUUGCACAAGCAUUCAGCUCAGCCAGGACUAUUGGAUCAUUAUCUUGUUGGUCCACAUGCAGUGGCUGCUAUGAUUGCAAGGAGUGAUCGUGCUAAAGCUUCCAAAUAUCUUGCUUUGCAUUUGAGAUUUGAGAUUGACAUGGUAGCUCAUUCGUUAUGUGAGUUUGGCGGAGGUGAGCAAGAGGGGCAAGAAUUGGAAGCAUAUCGACAAAUCCAUUUUCCUGCAUUAACAGAGCUAAAGAAGACAGAAAACUUCAGGUUACCUUCCCCUGCCAUGCUCCGAUCUGAAGGGUUAUGUCCAUUAACACCAGAAGAAGCUGUACUUAUGCUUGCUGCUCUAGGUUUCAAUCGUAAGACUCAAAUAUAUGUCGCAGGGGCACAAAUAUAUGGAGGGACAUCAAGAUUAGCUGCUUUGACAAGCUUGUAUCCUAAUUUAGUUACGAAAGAGAAUUUGCUUUCAUCCGCCGAACUUGAACCAUUCAAGAAUUUCUCAUCUCAGCUGGCAGCACUAGACUUCAUUGCCUGCACUGCAGCUGAUGCAUUUGCCAUGACGGACUCUGGUAGCCAGUUGUCAUCUUUGGUAUCUGGGUAUCGAAUAUACUAUGGCGGAGGGAGGAUGCCUACAAUACGCCCAAAUAAGCGGAGACUAGCUGAUAUCUUCGUCAAGAACAAUACAAUUGAGUGGAAAGUGUUUGAGCAGAGAGUGAGGAAGGCAGUUAGACAAACUAAACAUGUCCAGAGUAGGCCUAAGGCUAGAAGUGUUUACCGGUAUCCACGGUGUAAAGAGUGUAUGUGUCGUACAGAUUGACUUAUUUCCCUUUUUAAGAUGUUCUAAUUAAAACAUGCAUCAUUCUUUGUUGUUUAA